CAGACAGUGUCAAAGCCUAACUAAGAUUGCCUUAACCAUGUUUGCAUCCGCCUGAAGAGUUAAUUGGUUGUUGAUGUGAAACGUCUCAUCCAGGAGAUCAGUAGGCUAGGCGACCUACUGUCAAAACGUCAGCGAGCGUCACUUUGGACCAUCAAGGGAAACUUCCUACGAGGCUGAGGAUGAACUCUUCGGAUAUUGAUUGCAUGUAUGCCGACUUUGGCAAUUCAACAAACAACUCUACAAACUCGUCAUGUAUGAACAGAAACAUCCCAUCCUUCAUCGACAUUGCAUCAUUCAUGCACAUUUUUCCAUCCAUCUACGGAAUCCUGUGUACGGUCGGGGUGAUUGCCAACAGUUUAGUCAUUUAUGCCGUGGCAACUUGCAAGAAAAAGAUGGUAUCGGACAUUUACGUGCUCAACCUGGCCAUUUUCGACUUGCUCUUCUUGCUGGUGAUGCCUUUUACCAUUCACCAACUUGUCAGAGACAGACAGUGGGUGUUUGGGAAUUUCAUGUGCAAAGCUGUGGUCGUUGUGGAUACAUGCAAUCAGUUCACGACUGUUGGCAUCGUUACGGUGUUGUGCAUUGACAGGUACGUAGCGAUAGUCCACCCCACGUCGGAGAGGAGGACCAUCCAGUGGACCAUCGUCAUUAACCUGAUGGUGUGGGUUGGCAGCUUCCUGCUCACCGUGCCCGUCAUGAUCUAUGCCCGGGUCAUCCACAAAAAGCACAUGGCCAUCUGCAUAAUGGACCUGGAUGGCCCGCAGGAUAUGUACUGGUACACGCUCUACCAGUCCUUGCUGGGCUUCAUCAUCCCCCUCAUCAUCAUCAGCACCUUCUACACGCUGACCCUCUACCACGUGUUCCGCUCCAUCCGCAGGGUCAAGCGCAAGCAGUCUGUCUGGGCGAAACGGGCAACCAAGACAGUGGUGAUGGUCAUCGCACUGUUCCUGUGCUGCUGGUCGCCGUACCACGUCAUCCAGGUGAUCAACCUGGGCAUCAACUCGCCCACCAACGCCUUCAUCUACGCGUACAACAUCAGCAUCUGCCUGAGCUACUCGCACAGCUGCAUCAACCCGCUCAUGCUGCUGGUAUUUGCGCAGAACUACCGCGAGCGGCUGUGCCGACGGCGAGAGCUGCGGGGCUCGCAGACAAGCGCCUCCAAGACCACCAAGACGGACGGCAACUCCACCAUGGCUGUCGACUCCAACUACCGCUGCACCGCUAUCUAG